AUGACCCUGUUCUGCUUACCCAGGCCCAAACUCCUUGCAGAUCCAAUCCCAUCCCCUUCCAGGGGUCUGGGUGCUGGGGAGGGAUCAAGUUGGCCAGUGUGCUCAUGUGCGUCCUACUGGGAUCCUAGCUGGGCCCAGCUCCUGGACAGUGUCCUUGGCCUGGGGGCACUAGGGCUGACAGUUGGAGCCAUCUUUUCCAUGACUGGUCCAGCCUUGUUGCUGCUGCUGCUCCUGAUCAGCUUCCUCACCUUUGACCUUCUCCACAGGCCUACCACAAGUCCCACUCUGCCAGGACACAGACUUCUCCCAAGGGGCCAAGGUCAGGGAGCUGGUGAGGGUCCAGAACAGGAGGUGGCUCCCUUCUUCCCAACAGAAGCAGUCCCAAGACAACUCAGCCUCCAAGAUGCACUGCUUCUUCUGCUCCUGAGCCUGGGGCUGCUCCUGGGAGUCCGGGGUAUGCCCUUGGCUCUACUAGGCCUGGCUUUCUGCCUCCACCCUUGGGUUUGA